UAUCAAAAUCCUGAACUAUUUUCUACAGAAUUUAUCUCUCUCUUUGCCAACGAGACGCCUCGACUCGAGGCCAAAGAUUCUCAAAUCUCUUUUAAAACUUUUUUUGAGAAUGGCUAGCAUGGCUGCCGGAAGCGGAGAAUCAUCAUCGAUGUCGACGAAGAAGAACAACAAGAGAAAUCAUAAGAGAAAGCGAGAGGAAGAGGUCGAGCUCAUGGAUUCACUUCCCUGGAGCACUUCUAUACCUAUCGGAGAAGACGAAGAUGGCGAAACCUUCUCCACUCUCUUUGCUGGUUCAGCUGAGCUGGACGGAGGUUUUCUUUCACUUGAAGAAAUUGAUGAAGCUGAUUACAAUCUGGCGGCUUUUCCUACGGUUGAAAGUGGAAAAACAGAGAAAGGGUUGAAGUCGAAGAAACAAGCUCGAGAAAACAAUGAUGGUAACAAAGAGGCUGUAGAUGAGGUAGUUGAAGGCGAACAAGAAACAGAAGACGAAGAAGAAGAAGGCAAAAGCAAGGAUGAUUUGAAGAGUCGUAAGAUAGAAGAGAAUAAAACAAAAAGGAAGAAGAAGAAGAAGGAGAAAAAGAAAAAGGCUAAGGAGGCCGAAAAGGAUCAGGAUGAAGAGGCUGUAGAUGAGAUAGUUAAAGGCAAACAAGAAAAAGAAGACGAAGAAGAAGAAGGAGAAGAAAGGAAAGGCAAGGAUGGUUUGAAGAGUCGUAAGAUAGAAGAGAAGAAAACUAAAGAGAAGAAGAAGAAGGCCAAGGAGGCCAAAAAGGAUCAGGCUUCUUCUGCUGCAGUAAGCUGUGAUGAGGAUAACAAACCAGAGGAGCUUGAUGGCGAACAAGAGAUUCCCCCGGAGUUUAGUGCAUGGAGUUUGAUGAGACUUCAUCCACUACUCAUGAAGUCAAUAUACCACCUUGGAUUCAAGGAGCCAACAGAAAUUCAGAAGGCUUGUUUUUCCGUAGCAGCAUUUCAGGGAAAGGAUGUUAUUGGUGCUGCGGAGACUGGGUCUGGAAAGACGCUUGCUUUUGGGUUGCCCAUACUGCAACGCCUCUUAGAUGAGCGAGAAAAGCUUGGUAAAUUGUAUGCAUUGAAGGGAGAGGAAGCGAAGAAAUAUUCUGCAGAUGGCUAUUUACGAGCUCUUAUCAUCACUCCAACUAGGGAACUUGCUCUACAGGUGACAGAUCAUCUUAAGAACGCUGCUAAAAAUCUUGGCGUCAGGGUUGUUCCUAUUGUUGGUGGGAUGUCAUCAGCAAAGCAGGAAAGACUUCUGAAAGGAAAACCAGAAAUAGUUGUUGGAACUCCAGGAAGGCUAUGGGAACUUAUGUCAGCCGGAGAAAAACAUCUUGUAGAGCUACAUUCCUUGUCUUUCUUUGUGUUGGAUGAGGCUGAUCGCAUGGUUGAAAGUGGGCAUUUCCGGGAGCUGCAGUCUAUCAUCGAUUUGCUUCCAGUAGCAGAUAAACCAAAUGAAGGGAAAAUGCAAACUGCGCAGAGUGGUGACAUAGUUUCCGACGCCCCAAAGAAGAAAAGACAAACAUUUGUUUUCUCAGCUACCAUAGCACUGUCUUCUGACUUCCGUAAAAAGCUAAAGCGUGGCUCCUCGAAAAAGCAGUCAUCGUCUGGUGAAGUGAAUUCUAUUGAGGUUUUAUCUGAACGAGCUGGAAUAAGAGAAAAUGUUGCCAUCAUUGAUCUGACAACUGCAUCUAUUUUGGCACCAAAGAUUGAAGAAUCUUUUAUCAAGUGCGAAGAGGAGGAAAAAGAUGCUUACUUGUAUUAUAUUCUGAGCGUCCAUGGACAAGGUCGGACAAUUGUUUUCUGUACGUCAGUGGCAGCUUUGCGGCAUAUCUGUGCGCUUUUAAAGAUUCUUGGAAUUGAUGUUUGCAAACUCUACUCAGAUAUGAAGCAGCGUGCUCGGUUGAAGGCAAUCGACCGCUUCCGUGCAAGCGAAAAUGGAAUUCUCGUCGCAACAGAUGUUGCAGCAAGGGGAAUUGAUAUUAAGAAUGUCCGAACUGUUAUUCACUACCAACUUCCACAUUCGGCAGAAGUAUAUGUACAUAGAAGCGGGAGGACGGCUAGAGCAUUUGAAGAUGGAUGCAGCAUAGCUUUGAUUGCGCCUAAUGAUACAUCAAAGUUCUACUCGUUAUGCAAGUCAUUCUCUAAGGAAAGCGUAAAGAUAUUCCCUUUGGAUAACUCUUAUAUGCCAGCUGUGAGGAAGCGAUUAUCUCUAGCACGUCAAAUAGACCAGAUUGAGCGGAAAGGCUCGCGGGAGAGAGUAGACAGAACGUGGCUUGAAAAACACGCUGAAUUGAUGGAGCUCGAAUUAGACGAGGAAGAAAGUGAAGAGGAAAGAGUGGACAAUGUUAGGCAGAGAAAAGCCACCUCAGCACAAGUUAAAAAGUUGCAGGAGGAACUUAGCUCGCUCUUAUCACGUCCCAUGCAGCCGAAGAAAUUUUCAGACCGUUACUUUGCAGGGCGUGGUAUGUCGCCUCUUUUGCAGAAUCAGCUAGCAGAGUUAACCAAUCAAAAGCAACAACAAAUGCAAACUGGUGGAGACAAAAAGAGAAGAAAGCUUGUUGUGGUUGCCCAGAACUGCAUCGAACCUCUUCAAGCCCUUCGUGAUGGUGGUAAAGAGGUGAUGAACAUGAAAGGUCAGAGUGCAGAUAAGAGGCGUGAUAUAGCGAACUUGAGGAAGAAAAGAAAGGAAGAGAAGAUUGGUCGGCGUGAUCAGCGAAGGGAUCAGAAGAAAAAGAGAAAACUAAUGGCUUCUUCUUAAGUGUCUUUUACCCAAAAUUUUGUUUAUCCAAUCAGAUCUUACACUUUUAAUAAGUUAUAAAAACUUAUGUUAUUCUUUUUUGAUCUCGAAAGAACGGUUCAAUCUCCCAAUAUUUUGACCAAAUUGUUCAUUUCGACAGAAGUACGAUCGGAAACAUUUUGU